AUGGCUGAAACUCACUCUCAAGCUCCCACACCCACUCUUGGCCCCUUCAUAAGCAUACAACAACAACAUGAAGAACAAGGUAAAGGUCUCGAUUGGAUGGUACUUGUGGCAGCAAUUAUAUGUGCCUUCCUUUGUGCUCUUGGCCUUAACACUAUGUUACAAUGUGUCUUUCAAUGUGCUAGUCGUGUCCUCACUGAGCCUCUACAAUGGUUUGCUUCUCGGAGGCUCAAUUCUGGGCUCAAGAGGAAAGAAAUGGUAGCUUUGCCAACCUCAACUUAUAGCAACACAUCUGGGUCUACAUCUUCACCUUCUAAUUGUGUCAUUUGCUUAGCAGAGUUCUCUAUUGGGGACCAGAUAAGGUUCCUCCCAAAUUGCAAUCACCAUUUUCAUGUGGUUUGCAUUGACAAGUGGUUGCUCUCUCAUUCUUCUUGUCCUACUUGCAGACACCUACUUAAGUCUAGUGAUUCUGCUCACUCCUUACUUAUUGCCAUAGCUCAGUGA